ACCCGGCACAACGACUGCCGUACCAAUAGGGAUCUCGGUUCGCGUGAGCUCGGGUUGGAUGGCUACGAUGGGCAUCUGCACGAUGGGCGCAAAUCCCAGUCCGCUGGAGAUCUGCAAUUCCGCCCACGCUCCGGCCGAGCUGAUGGGUUUGAGCAUCGUAUUGAUUACGGCUCCUAUGAUGAGACAUGCCACGCUGAAGAGUGGGAAGAAAAUCAUAGUAUGACGAUCUCGCAACUGCUGACAUUUAGCUGGGUUUGCUUCCUACCCAAUGCCCCACAAAAGAUGACACCAGUGACGCUUUUGGAUCACUCCAACUCCAACUUACAAUUUAUUUACUUAUGGCACCAAUGACGGUUGGAAGAUGCAUCAUAACGCUUUUGAGCGGACUCCUAACUGGAACCGAAUCUGGAGAUGGCACAGGACGACGAAGAACCCCCAUUUCCAAAGAGGGCGAUAAGCACGCCGAGAGAAAUUACUCGGUUCUUAAACAAAUGCGGAGGAAGUGCUGCUUUGUUACCAAGAUUAAGUUGCCAUGCUAUUGUUGUGGCGGCAAAACUCGCAAUGAGUCCAAUAAUCACCGUGUCAUGCCACGCAUAUCUGAAUCCCACUCACCGAAGGGCGAUCAAGAGCUGAAGUACAGCUUUGUUGAAGGGUUCAAAGCCACUAGGAAGUCUAUGGAGCUUACAAUUCAACAAGUCAAAGAUCACUACAGCAAAGAUGAUGUCAUAAAAAGCAUGCAAAUAAACUUCAAUAUCAACGCUGAAAGCCUAAGGAAGUGA